AUGUCGAAAUUGUUGGUUUAUUCUGCGAAAUUACUUUCGGUUGAAGAUGGUCAUGUCAUAUCGAUAUUUGGAAAAACAAAAAAAUUUGCUGACUAUUUCGAGAUUGUUCUUGGACCUGACGAAAUAAAGUCAGAAAAUCUUGAAGGAGUUGAACUCGACGCUAUCAUAAAAUUCGAAAAAAUAGAAGAGAGUGAUAAGAAAACAUUAACGGUUCUAGAAAUUAAAGGGCAUGACGAAAGUAAACAAACUUUUGUGGCAAAUUCAUCAGCAAAUUCAAUUGUACAAGGCGACAUUUUUAAAUUUUCAAUUUACAUUACUUUGGGUUCAUUUAUCAUAUUUCUUGACGGAACACCUUACUGCACAUUAAGCAACUGUAAAUCAUUCAAUAUUAAUAGAAUAAGCAUUUUCGGUGACGUGGAACAACUUUACGAAGUAAAUCAUGCGGUUGCAGUUCCAAAAUUUGAAAAUUUUAGUAAAAGAAAGUUCAGUGGAACGUUACCAAUGUUAAAACCAGAAACAGCAAUUGUCUUUAUAGGAAAGUUUCACGGAACUAUUGAUGGUUAUGUGGAGUUUGAAGUACUUGACACGUUAGCAAGAACUUCAAUUAUGAUCGUUGUGAAUUUCGAGAGUCAAGAGUUUGUUGUAAAAAUGUGUGACCAUUCUCAAGACUGUCAGACUGAAGAAAAGACUGUGAAACCAGAAAAAUUCCCAUUGGAGUUAAAUGAAGAUUUCAAAUUAGCUUUAGGAAUUACAAAACGUGGUCUUGUUAUCACAUGUAAUGGAGAACAUAUCGCAGAUUAUCCAGUUGAAGGCAACAUUUAUCAUAGCAAUCAGGCGCAAUUCAUCGUUAUGUCUUACAAGAAAUUGGAAGUUGACAUUCAAGGUGUUGAUAGUCUUGUCAUGAAAACUCCAAAGUUAGGUUCAUUUGGCUUGAGUCAACUAAAAUAUGAAAGUUCACAUUUUGUUUCCUGGCUCAAAAUGUUCAUCACUAAAUAAAUUUAUUAUCAAAAAUUUUCUAAAUUUACAACAUUUCCCAAA